AUGACGUCUGAACAAGGCUAUAACAUUCUGCUGGAGUCCUCCAUCAUGACGUCUGAACAAGGCUAUAACAUCCUGCUGGAGUCCUCCAUCAUGACGUCUGAACAAGGCUAUAACAUCCUGCUGGAGGCCUCCAUCACGACGUCUGAACAAGGCUAUAACAUCCUGCUGGAGGCCUCCAUCAUGACCGAAGAAAAGGAGACCAUGAAUCCAAGGGUGUUGUUUGGAGCACUAGCCCUGGUGCUUGUGGUGGCUAAAGCGGAUGCCUGUGCCCGCUGGACCCGCUGGAUUGACCGUGACGAUCCCGGCUCCCAUGGAGACUUUGAAGAUCUUCCACUCAUUCGAGAUGAGUAUCCUGGCGCGGUACCGUGCUCAGUACCGUCCCGUAUCCAGGGCCGUACUGUCGAUACCCACACCAACGCUUUGCAGACAGGAGAACGCUUAGAACACUUCAGCCCGACAAAGGGCUUGUACUGCAGGAACUCAGAUCAGAGUGACGGCCGCUGCCGCGACUAUGAAGUCCGCUUCUGCUGCGAUCCUGCUGUACAAUGUCCUGCGCUGAGUUUUACCAGUGCCACCUACUACCAGGCCGUGGUACACUUCCGCUGUAACUCCGGGUACGAGUUGGUCGGAGCCUCCAGCACUACUUGUCAGGCUGACGGCACCUGGAGUGCGCCGGAACCCACUUGCAGAGAUGUCAACGAAUGUGCCAGAGGCUUGCAUAACUGCCACACCCACGCCUCCUGUAUCAACACAGCGGGCAGUUUUACCUGUAGAUGUAACACCGGCUACAGCGGGAAUGGAGUCACCUGUACAGAUGUCAACGAAUGUGCCGGAGGCUGGCGUUACUGCCACCCCUACGCCUCCUGUAGCAACACAGCGGGCAGUUUUACCUGUAGCUGUAACACUGGCUACAGCGGGAACGGAUUCACCUGUACAGAUGUCAACGAAUGUACCAAUGGCCAACAUAACUGUGGCACACACGCCUCCUGUAGGAACACAGCGGGUAGUUUUACCUGUAGCUGUAACACCGGCUACAGCGGGAAUGGAGUCACCUGUACAGAUAUCGACGAAUGUGCCAAUGGCCAGCAUAACUGUGGCACCCACGCCUCCUGUAGGAACACAGCGGGCAGUUUUACCUGUAGCUGUAACACCGGCUACAGCGGGAAUGGAGUCACCUGUACAGAUGUCAACGAAUGUGCCAAUGGUCAGCAUAACUGCCACACCCACGCCUCCUGUAGGAACACAGCGGGCAGUUUUACCUGUAACUGUAACACCGGCUACAGCGGGAACGGAGUCACCUGUACAGAUAUUGACGAAUGUGCCAAUGCCCAGCAUAACUGUGACACCCACGCCUCCUGUAGCAACACAGCGGGUAGUUUUACCUGUAGCUGUAACACCGGCUACAGCGGGAAUGGAGUCACCUGUACAGACGUAGAUGAGUGCCAGACUAACGGAGGCCAGGGACCUUGUGACCAAAUAUGUAUAAACGAGCAGGGUAGCUACCACUGCUCCUGCCAGGCGGGAUAUCAGCUUGACGUAAACAGCGUCUCGUGCAUCGAUGUCAACGAAUGUGAUGAAGCCCAGCAUGACUGUGAGCAGACGUGUCAGAACAUUGCGGGCGGAUUCACAUGCGGAUGUAACAACGGUUUUCUUCUCAACCCCGAUGGGAAGACUUGCUCGGAUAUAAACGAAUGUGGCGAAGCCCAACACAACUGUGAACAGACAUGUCAGAACUUUGUGGGCGGAUUCACAUGCGGAUGUAACAACGGUUUUAUUCUCAACGCUGACGGGAAGACGUGUUCAGACAUAGAUGAGUGCCAGACUAACGGAGGCCAGGGACCUUGCGACCAAAUAUGUAUAAAUGAGCAGGGUAGCUACCACUGCUCCUGCCAGGCGGGAUACCAGCUUGACGUAAACAGCGUCUCGUGCAUCGAUGUCAACGAAUGUGACGAAGCCCAACAUGACUGUGAGCAGACGUGUCUGAACAUUGCGGGCGGAUUCACAUGCGGAUGUAACAACGGUUUUCUUCUCAACCCCGAUGAGAAGACUUGCUCGGAUAUAAACGAAUGUGACGAAGCCCAACACAAUUGUGAGCAGGAGUGUCAGAACAUUGUGGGCGGAUACACAUGUGGAUGUAACAACGGUUUCUUUCUCAACCCCGAUGGGAAGACUUGCUCGGACAUAAAUGAAUGCCAGACUAACGGUGGUCGAGGACCAUGCGACCAUACCUGUACAAAUGAGCACGGUAGCUAUCGCUGCUCCUGCCAGGCGGGAUACCAGCUCGACGUAAACAGCGCCUCGUGCAUCGAUCUCGAUGAGUGCACCCAAGGCCUUCACGACUGUGAGCAAGAUUGCUUCAACAUCCUCGGAGGGUUCUCCUGUGGAUGUUUCGACGGGUUCUCUCUCGACGACGAUGGAAGAUCUUGUUCAGCGGAAGACAACUGUUUCACUGGAGCGUGUGACAACGGCGGCACAUGUAUGGAUGGAGACGAAGCCUUCUCCUGCUUGUGUCCCACAGGUUACAAGGGAGAAAGAUGCCAGACUCCGCCUUGCAGUGAAGACUACGACCCACCUCUACAUGGUGGCAAAGUGUGCACAAAUUCUGAUGUCACAACUGACACCAUAGUAUGCACCGUAUUCUGUGAAGAAGAAAGAGAGUUUUAUCGUGCUCCAGCUAAUGCUUACACCUGUACUUCAAAUGGUGGUUGGAGCGCUCAUCAUUCAACUGGUCCACAACCACUCUCGCCCGGUCUCCGACCAUGGCCGGACUGUACACGUCGACAUCGUCCUGGGUCAGCACAUAUAAUGGGGAACGCCUUCUACUACUAUGACGGUGACUGUCAGAGUAGCACGCAAGAAAUCAUCUCCAACUUUCAGCAACUCUUCAGCCAGUUACAGUCCAGUCAGCCCCAAGGGGUUAUAUCCAUGCAGUUAGGGUCGCUCGAAGUUGAUUGUGGGGGGCAAGCCAGAAGCACCAGCAAGAGGUCCAUUCUGAGGCAAGGGACUCAAAGGGCUACAUAUGGAUUUACCAUCAACUUUGAAGUUGUGGCCACCAUCUCACAGGGAAACAUCACCGAACUCCAGCAGUUGGAUCUCGUGUUUGCCUUGGAUGACGUGUACUACGAAAUUGCAGACAAAGUGUCGUCCAACGACUUCAAUAUGGUCAUUGGAGGACAGCCAGUCACGGCCGGAUCGUUUGACAUGGGGUUUGCAGAAAUAGUCGCUAAUUGUACCGUUGGGCAGCUCACAUAUCAGGACGACUAUCAGGCGUACUGCACUGACUGCCCUCGCGGAACCUUCCAUGACGUAACCACAGACACCUGUGAGGAAUGUCCGGUCGGACAGUACCAGGACCAACCUGCCCAAAGCACCUGUAAAUCCUGUCCAGCCAACACGUGGACAAUGUUUCCCCGAGGUGGGGAGCUAUCAGAGUGCCUCUCGUACUGCGAAGGCGGGGCUGGUCCAUGCUCAAGUUGCACUUACGAGAAGAGGAAACUGACGUGUAAGUGUGGGCCAGGAUAUGCCGGUUCCAGAGACGGAUUGACCUGUGGAGUAGACAGUGAUCAAGACGGUUAUCCAGAUGCCUCCCUGCCUUGUAACGACACAUCCUGUCACCAGGACAACUGUCCAUGGGUUCCCAACAGUGGACAGGAGGACACUGAUGGGGAUGGUGCAGGGGAUGCCUGUGACGAGGAUGCAGACAAUGAUGGCUUCCUAAACACUUUGGACAACUGCCCCUUGGUUGCCAACGCUGACCAGACAGAUAUUGAUGGUGAUGGUGUGGGCGAUGGGUGUGACAACUGCCCAGCGGACAUCAACACUGACCAACAGGACACCGACGGUGACGGGUGGGGAAACGCGUGUGACCAGAACAGCGAUGGGGACGCACUAAUCGACAGCCAGGACAACUGUCCGUUACAGCUGAAUGGAGACCAGACUGAUUCAGAUGGAGAUGGUAUUGGAGACGUUUGCGACAAUUGUCCAAAUGUACCAAACUCGGAUCAGGUCGAUGCAGAUCAAAACCAAAUCGGAGACGCUUGUGAGAAUGGCAUUGACAGCGAUUCUGAUGGUGUUCCUGACAGUCUGGACAAUUGUCUGAUGGAACCUAACAGUGCACAACUUGACACAGACAAUGAUGGCCAAGGAGACCAAUGUGAUGAUGACGAUGACAACGACACUGUACCUGAUGAUCUCGACAACUGCCGUCUCCUUCCUAAUGUGAACCAAUCCGACUUUGACGGAAAUGGUUUUGGAGAUGUCUGCAGUCUUGACUUUGACCAGGAUGGCGUGUUAGAUACUGAAGAUGUGUGUCCUGAAAACAACAUGGUCAGCAGUACGGACUUCAAGAACUACCAAACUAUCAACCUCGUGGCGGCCAACUCCGACAGCCCACCACCACAAUGGGAGUUCCUUAACGAGGGUGUCGAGAUAGCACAACAUGUGAACAGCGGCCCUGGCAUUCUUCUUGGCUCGACAAACUUCGGGAGCGUGGACUACCGCGGAACCUUCUUUGUGAACACCCAGGUUGAUGACGACUUCGUGGGGUUCGUCUUCAGUUUCCAGAGCAACUCUCGCUUCUACCUGGUGUCCUGGAAGCAGGCCGGGGACGGCGACGGUGGACAGGCGGGCGUUCAGCUAAAGCUGGUGGACUCGACGACUGGGCCUGGUCCAGACCUGGCAUUGGCUCUGUGGAAGGCAGCUGAGGUCCAGGGACAGACAAAGCUGCUGUGGGAAGAUCCCAAUAAGAUUGGCUGGAAUGACAAGACUGCUUACCGCUGGGAACUGAAGCAUGUUCCUACCGUCGGAUUGAUCAGGCUGAAGCUGUAUGCAGGCAGCCAGCUUGUUGUGGACUCCGGUACCGUGCAGGACCAGUCGCUGCGGGGCGGCCGUCUCGGGGUGUACUGUUACUCCCAACAGGACGUCAUCUGGUCCGACCUCGUCACCAAGUGUGACGACACCCUGCCUCCUGACUUAAUCAGCCAGAACUAAGCUGAUCUUGGCACGAGAUCAACGACGACAAACCAUUGACAUCACACUCAGAUGCUUCAGAAUUUGCCAUAGCUUAAAGCCUUUUCUCCUAUUUAAUUUUUCCUGUUAACAUAGGACAAGAAUUAAACAGUAAUUCUAUGAACGGGACAGUUCAAGAAUGGUCGAAACUUUGAAAGUGAACUGCAGUAUCUGUACUGACCAGUUCUAUAGUUUCUGCGGGCCAAUCACUCUUGACUGUUACAGUGAGAAAAUUACAUUUCAUAAAGAAUGGAAUGGUUUGAUUUUAGGUUUCUAAUAAUAAUAAGGCAAUUAUAUUAAGGACAAUGGUUGAUUACCUGCAACAAUUCAACAAUGUGCCACAGCUCAU